UGCAGGCUGUGAAACGGACACACGUGCGAACGCAGGUCACAUAUAGAAUGAACAGUUGCGAGCAUGUAUUCAACAAAGCACACAGAGAAGCGCAAUGGGGGAUUCCACUAUGAUACGCAAGGACGGCGACGACAUGGAGUCGGGCACAUUGUCAGAGCCGCCAACGCGCGGGGUCAACGAUGGGGCAACAAUCGUUGGAUCUUUCGGGUCUCUUGUCUCGACAAUGGCGGCGAGGCAAGGCGUAUCUGAAAUGAUGGAGACCGAUGCGGACCAGAAUGUUGAAAGCCAGACCGUGAAGGUGGCACCAGAGCAGGUGGCAGCAACAACAGAGAAAACGAAGAAAGGUGAGGGAUAUCGCGAACACAUUUCCAUAAUAGAUAUGAGAUCGGAGAGUACGGGCGAGGAUAUGAUCCAAGAUAACGACCAGAAAGAUGACCACGCUGCACCACGAGUGGAAGGUGACGACGAAGAGGACGCGCAACGACCGAGGCGGUCAACGAGAGCAGUAAUUAAGAAAAUUGUGUUUGAUGCGUAGGAAAGCCUUAGAUGGGCAUGAGCGUUUACACGUUUCAGGUUAUAUUGAUGGUCGCCACAAAUCAUGAUGCGAUAUUCACCCGGUCCUCACAUGGGAUGUCUACACAUUUCUUGUUAACUUGAUAGGUUGUCGCUGGGUACUAUGUUAGAAAACUAUGUUAGACAGGAAUGGGUAUAAACACAUUUUGGGUUAUAUUGUUGUCUUAAUGGAAGUGUUAUUGUGACAUUGAAAUUCUCGAAACUGUAGUGCCGAUAAUAGAGGGUGCCCCAUCUCGAUACGUAUGUGUGUGUGUGUGUGUGUGUGUGUGUGUGUGUGUGUGUGCAUCUGUGUGAGUAGGCAGAGGUCGACUCGUCACCAACGUUAGGUUUUGUGUGUGGAUUAAAUUGUAUGUGCGUGCUUGGUAUAGUUUUAUAAUAAAGGCAUAUGAAAACA